AUGCUUGUGUUCUUUUUCUUUUCUUUUCUUCUUCUUUUUUUAAUGUUAUGCCUUGAAUAUUAUUCAGUCAUCAUUUAUUUUGUCUCCGAUGUUGCUGCUUUCGCUUUCGCUUCUAUUUCGCUGUCUUCUUCUUCAUUGAAAAGUAGAUAUUUUUGUUUUUCUCGAUUUUCUUUUUCAUCUCCGGGCGGCUUUUAUUUUCCUAGUUCUUCCAUUUUUCAAACAUUUCUUUCUUAUUCUUCUUUCACAUAUUUUCCUUCAAAUUUUUCUCGUUUUCCUUCCUUAGUCCUCUUUCUUUUUUACUUCCUUCUUACCUUUUCUUUGUGCUUCUUUUUUCUUUGGCUUUCCGUUUUCUUUUAUUUUUAUUUUCCCUUUUAUAUAUUUUUCUUUUCAUUCUUUUUCUCAGUUAUUUGGUUUUUUUUUUUCGUAUUUUUCUAUUCUCCUUCUCCUUUUUCUUCCAUUUUCUUUUUUUUUCUUUUACAGUUUUUCAUGGUAGUCCUCUGUUUUUUAUCUAUCUUACUUUUUCUCAUUAUAUUGCCAACUCUUUCUUUUCUUUUUCUCUUUCCCCCAUUUCAUUGUGUCUUUGUUUCUUUUUAUUCCCCCCUUUUCCUUUCUUGCUUUCCUAUUAUUUCUUCUAGUUCUUCUUUUCCCGAAUUUUGUUUAUUCAUUCUUCCUUUUUAUCUACCUUUCUUCUUCUUCUUCUUCUUCUUCUUCUUCUUCUUCUUCCUUUUUUUUCUCAUCAUAAUUUCAUACAUGCUCUUCUUUUUCUCCUUUUAUUUUUCUUUCUGA